AUGACUCUUCGCCAGCAUACACGUUUAACUACAAAUCUGAAACCUGAUAGCGAGUCUUACAAAAAGAUGCGAGAUAUUGUUGGCGAAGACCAGUUCUAUCCCUCGGCAGACACAUUGAUCCAUGGUUCUCAUUAUCCAACCACCGUAGCUAUGGAAAGACUUGCUCGGGACGUUCAAGGACAGUCGAAACGUCGUGAACAAUUUCAUCGUCGCCGUCUCUUUGAUCCCGACGCUCCUAUUGAUUACAUCAAUGAUAAGAACAUGAGGUUCAACAAAAAAUUGGAGAAAUUCUAUGGACAAUACACAGAAGACAUCAAGGAGGACCUCGAACGCGGCACUGCAGUUUAA